AGGUGGCGGGCGCGCGGCCGGGCCGGCGUCCCCACCCCCCGCGCCCGAGCGCCCCGGGAGCCGGAGGGGGGGCGCGGGCGGGGGGCGGGCGCCGCCGAGGCUUCCGUCUGGCUCGCGCGGCGGCGGCGGCGGCGGCGGCAGAGGUCGCGCACAGAUGCGGGUCGGAGCGGCGCGGGGCGGAGGCGGAGGCGGGAAGGCGGCUGCCCGAGGAGCCCCGCAGGCGCCCGCCCGCCGGAUGCCCGCGGUGCAGGAACGAUGCAUCAUGGAAUGAAGCCGAGCCCCGGAGACGGAUGCCUGGAGCGGCAGCAGCCGCCGCCGCCGCAGCCGCCGCCCCCCCGCCGGCUCCUGGCCGCCGUCCUGUGGUUCCAGCUGGCGCUGUGCUUCGGCCCCGCGCAGCUCACGGGCGGGUUCGAUGGCCUUCAGGCGUGCACGGACCCAGGCGUCCCCGAGAACGGCUUCAGGACGCCCAGCGGAGGGGUGUUCCCUGAGAGCUCUGUCACCCAGUUUCACUGUGAAGACGGGUUCAAGCUGAAGGGCUCCACAAAGAGACUGUGUGUGCGACACCCUAACGGCACCCUCGGCUGGAUCCCCAGCGAUAAGCCUGUCUGUGCGCGAGAAGAUUGCCGCGUCCCUCAGGUGGAAGAUGCUGAGAUCCGUAACAAGACCUACAGACACGGAGAUAAGCUGAUCGUCACCUGUCACGAAGGGUUCAAGAUCCGUUACCCUGACCUCCACAACAUGGUUUCGCUGUGUCGCGAUGAUGGGACUUGGGACAAUCUGCCCCUCUGUCAAGGCUGCCUGAGACCUCUCUCCUCCUCUAACGGCUACGUGAACAUCUCCGAGUUCCAGACGUCCUUCCCCGUGGGGACCGUCAUCUCCUAUCACUGCUUUCCUGGCUUUAAGCUGGAGGGGUCGGAGUAUCUUGAAUGCUUGCACAACCUCAUCUGGUCGUCCAGCCCGCCCCGGUGCCUCGCUCUGGAAGUGUGUCCGUUGCCUCCCACCGUGAGUCACGGUGACUUCGUCUGCCACCCGAGGCCUUGUGAGCGCUACAACCACGGGACCGUGGUGGAGUUCUACUGCGACCCCGGCUACAGCCUCACCAGCGACUACAAGUACAUCACCUGCCAGUACGGGGAGUGGUUCCCCUCCCACCAGGUUUACUGCAUCAAGUCAGAGCAAACGUGGCCCAGCACUCACGAGACCCUCCUGACCACGUGGAAGGUCGUGGCGUUCACGGCAACCAGCGUGCUGCUGGUGCUGCUGCUCGUCAUCCUGGCCAGGAUGUUUCAGACCAAGUUCAAGGCCCAUUUCCCCGUCAGGAAGGUCCAGUCUCUCAAGCUCCCGGCCAGGGGGCCUCCCCGGAGCUCCAGCAGCGACCCGGACUUCGUGGUGGUGGACGGGGUUCCCGUCAUGCUUCCGUCCUAUGACGAGGCCGUGAGCGGCAGCUUGAGGGCCUCAGGCCCUGGGUACCUGGGCUCCGUGGGCCCAGGCUGCCCCUUGCCUGUAGACGACCAGAGCCCCCCGGCAUACCCCGGCUCAGGGGACACGGACACGGGCCCAGGGGGCUCAGAGCCCUGUGACGGCGUCUCAGGCUCCUCCGAGCCGCUCCAGAGUCUGUAUUCACCUUCCGCGUGCCCGGGGGGCCCCCGCCCCGACAGCGCUGACACGGGGGCCGGCUCGGCGCGGGAGACGGCGUCCAGCAGCCCAGGCAUCGACAUCGCCGACGAGAUCCCUCUGAUGGAAGAAGAUGCCUGACCAGCAGAGGUCCGACCAUCUUCCUGCCCCUCGGGGAUGUGAACUGUGCGCCCUGGGGUGAGGCCUCAGGGGGACAGAGCUCCGGGGCGCUGGGGGGUUCCAGCUUUGGGGGCUGUGACUCACAUCAUCCAUCGCGGACUCGACUCUGCGGCUGGUAGGCUGGCGGCGGUUUUCACGACAGUGGAGGGUACCAGGGGGCCCGGGCGGUCCUGGAGAAGGUGUCCAAUGUGUCCCUGCUGCGGAGCAAUCCCGUGACUUGUGCUGUGGGCGCUGCCUGCCUCCUCUGUCAGCAUGUCCCUCACCGAUUCGCCCCGAGGUCUGCCAUGCUCGACGCAGGCUCCGUCUGGGGGCUGUGCUUCCUGCGGGAGGCCCCUGGGGAAGGCUCCCGGGGGGGUUGGGGCAACCUCCUUGACCCGACACUGUACUCAGAGCGGGCGCAGCAAUCCCAGCGAGGGAGGAAGGAAAAGACGAGGGCGGACUCUGCUUUCUGGAAGCCUGUCCAGAAGCUGCCGUCCUUUGGUGAAGCGUGAUGAGCGUCUGUCCACGGACUGGCGCGCAGACGGUGCGUCGGGUGAGCCUGGUGACUUUGGGGAUGGCCGGAUGUGCUCAGACGCGGGGCCUGGCAGGAAACGUUACAAGGUAACGUUUCAUUCGGCGGUUUAAGGAUUCGCGUGACCAUGUGUCUCAAGAGCCGCGAGCCCCCUCAUUACCCGUUACAGCGUCGCCCCCAACAGCCAUACAGUUUAUUUUCCAAAACAGAGAUUUUCUGUACACGUGUUCUUCCUCCAAAUAAAGUAUGAAUGAAGUUGGA